AUGAGAAAGCAGAAGGAGAACACAGAGGCGAAGGAGAAUUUGAAGAGGUGGAAGGAGAAAUGGGAGGAGAGGUUGGAUAAUUUGAAAAGGAAGAAAGUAGAAGAAGAUUACGAAGGAGAAAAAGCUGAUUUAGAAGGCCAAAAGGAAAAUAUAGAGGAGAUAAUGAAGUCAUGGAGAUAUGAAGCAAUAGCGUGGGGUAAGAAGUUACGGGAAUUCGAAGAAAAAGGAAGAGAUAAGAAGAAACAAUCAUCUGAAGAAGCUCCGAAGCGGUCUUAUGAUCAAGCAGAUCUAGUCGAUAAUAGUUUUUUGAUAUGUAAUGGCCUCUUACAAAAAUUCGAAGAAAUCCCAACUCAAGUGAAUGAUCUUCAAUCCCUUAUUAAUGUACCACUUCUUCGAAAAUUACCCGUAACCUCUGACGAAGAAAUAAUGUAUCCUGAAUUAAGUGAUUAUGUUUGCACAAGGGAAGAAGAACGUCGAAGUACAAUAGCAAAGAACAUCAGCAGCGCAUUAGCCAGUUCAAUUGAUAGGGAAUUUUCAGGCAAUAAAUCAGAAAGUAUGCUGCAAUAUCCUCUGGAUUCUAUGAUUAGAGUUCCGCUUGAGACUUUUUGUAGAUUUCUUGGUAAUGUUCUACCCAUUGAAAUUGAUCGAGACAAGGCAGAUUCAGGAACAACGACGAUUGGCACUAAAAGGCCCGAUUUUCUUU